AACAAAGCACAUCACUAACAUAUCCUGUAUUUUAUUCCCAGCUUGUGGCAGUGAUCUUGCAUACGGUUUCUGAUGCAUACAUAUCCAGUAAGGAUGCUCAGUUGAACUCAGCAUGGGACAUCUCUGUAGGAGCUUCCACAAAGGGGAAAAUGCCAGCAUCUGUCCAGUCGUUAAUUCCAGCCCCGCUCACGGGGAUCCCCUUCCAAAAGGCUUCCCAUUUUCAGUUAGGGUUUGACCACAGACCACAGGGAAGCGUUGUUGAAUCUCCUUUCCGCACUGAUUUUCCUCCCUUAUGGGGCAAUUACAAAUCAAACCCAAUUCUGCCUCCAAGCUCCAAGGGUGUUUUGAAUCAGGAUAUGGAUGAAACCAGAGAAACCCUGUCAGAAACCUGCCGGGCAUUUCCAGUGAAACCUCUGGAACCGAAGCUCCAAAUCUGUCCUCCAGAAUCUCAUCUCCAAAUGCAUGCAGAUUCCCAGAUCAAAAUCUUAACCCCAACGUCAAGGGACAACUACCCUUGGCCAGACGUGACUCUGCAGGCACCAACCUCCACCAGAGCUGAUUACAAUAAGAAGGAAGACCAUUUUCCUUGUGGAGAUAAAGACAAACUGAAGCUCCUGCCUUCGGUCUACCAGUUUUCAUAUCCAGCACACGAGAUACACCAGCCGGUUGUCAGAGCACCAUGCAGGCAUCUGGGAGGAGUUCCCACAAUUAAAGGUGACACAUGCUCCUACUAUGGUACUUCUUACCGAGAACAGUUUGAGGGUGGCUGGAUCCCUCCUGUGAAGUCCUGCGUCCAGAACAAGUCUUCCAUUGUGUUUGGAGACCCCAGGAGCAGCGUCAGCACCAGCGAGGGGAAACGUGCCUACACCGUGCCCGACACAAGGAACCGCAGAGUUUAUGACAAGGAACGUGCUGCCUCCCAAGUAUACAAGACGAACGUCAAACCAGGGGAUGGUCACACCAGAUACGGUACUGUGACCCUGGAGUCGUUCCCACUGCGGGAGCCAGGCGAAGGAGCAGUCACGACCACGCAGGCGAUGCUGGUCCCGCACAGACAGCGGACGCUCCGGCCCUCUGAAGAGUCACUGCAGCAGGUAAAACACUCUCACCUGAUCCUGCCGUGGAAGGGGCAGCGCUUCUUUGGGACGGAGCAGCAAGAGCAGUUCACCCCCAAGUACAGCGGCCCCGUGACUAUCUGCGGGGGGAGCUUCCAAGUGAGCAGCGUCCCCCUGGGCACCCUGAAGAAGUACAGCGCCCAGAGGCGUGUGGUCUUUGCAACAUAACGUGCCCCCUUCCAGGGGUGGCUUUGAA